AUGACCUCGGCCUCAGACGUCCUUCAGUCGAAAGAAAUAUUUGACUUGGCCAGUCACAUCAACGAAAGCCAGCAGCAUCCUCAUCAUUCUGGCUCCUCGAAACAUCACGAGCCCAUCCGAGCACCAUUCGUCAUCAGCAAACAAGCACUGGAGUCGACGUCAGCCGCCACGCCUACAGCUGCGACAGCCACCUCAUCCACUGACGCCCUCGUGACCACAACCAGCGAUGACAAUGCAUUUGACGUCAAACCUGAAACCAAAGAAGGGGUUAAUCCAUUUAAUGUCAUAAAAUCGUUGUUAUGUUUAUUAGCCUGUCAACAAUCCGCCAAGAAAUCUUUAACCGAACUUUCCAAUUCUUCCUUGUUCAACUUGAACAUUGAAAACAGCAUUCUUGAAAAGCAGAACAAACAAAUAAACUCAAACGAUCCAAGAUUUGCCACCUCUCCAACGAGAAUGUCUUCAGAUGAACAAUCAUCUAGGACAUUCAACUUCAACCAACAAUUACAAACGCUGCAGCACGACAACAACUCGUUGAUCUACAACUCAAAAAUACGUCCUUGUCCUUCGCAAAACAGCAUCAAAAGUCUCAAAACCACAACCUACGAUCAAAACAACGGCUUUGAAACUGUUAAAGUAACCAACGUCAUCAGCUCAGCUGGUUUCACAAAAUCGAUAAGCACGAUAAUAUCGUCUAUUAAUAAAUCUGUGAGCAGCGCGUUUAACAAUUUAAUUACGAACCCUGAACAUCAACAAAAUCAACAACACUACUCCACAUUAGACAACGACAAAAAUGACCCGUCAUUUCAAAAUCAACAAAUUGCCAACCGCUCAUUCGAUCUUCUAUUAACCAAACCAAAUCAACGACAACAACUACCGCAAGAGCACUCAAAGGAGAGAGUAGAUUUUUUGAAGAAAUUUCAUCCUUUCAGUCCAACCAGCGAACAUAAACAAUCGUCGCCGUUAAAUCUCAGCCACUCUCCCAGCGCCAGCAACGUCUCUCAACAGUCACAUCGGCAUUUGAAUCUUACCAGCACCGAAAGCUCUCCACUUCCGAAUAUUUACAACCAACAACAGCAGCAGCAACAAAAACAGCAACAUUUACAUUUAAGACAACAGGAACAGUUGCAGCAGUUGAAGCAGAAAAUAUCACCAACCAUAUUCAUCAAGCAAAAAAGUCAAGACGAGCGCCAACUGAUUCCAUGCCAACAAAGAGACUCACCAACGCCUCCACCUUCGACGACAUCGACAACGACAACUUCAAACAUCCAAUUUCGUCAAGACUCAGUAGGAAGUUUGGGCAAACUUAGCAAAAAACAUCCAGAAACGUUUGGUUCUAGUGAUCUGACAGGUCGAUCCAGGUCUCCCAGUCCCAACGUUGUAUUUGCUGAAGACUUUCGCAGAACUCCACAAGCUCCAAGAAAGCCAAUCAGGUUAAACUUAGAAUCACGCCGAACAUCAAAAACUUACGAGGAUCGAAUGCCUCACGUUUUGACUUCGCCAACUGCUCUACAGCCAGAUGACAUGGACAUGCAUUCACGAUUCCAGCAAAGACCAGACCCGCCACCCGAGCCAUGUCGUCGCGAUAGCUUGAAUUUUCCUUUGUUAGACCCUUCUCCGUCCCAUAGCAGCAUCAAAUCGAUAACGUUGUCACACUCCAGAUCGGAGCACCAGGACCAGCAACUUCUACAUAACAAGCAGCAGCAACAACGAAUAUCUCCCGCCAGUGACUUUCAAAAACAUUCACCAGAUAUAGAUGAUAUUUCGCGGUGCUCAAGCAGCAGUCAACUGCAACAACAACAACAACAUCGUCUGCCACCUCCGCCGCCACAACUUCCCUUUCAACCACGUUCUCAACCUCCCUACAUAAUCAGAAGUUCUCGAAUUCCGAUGCGCGGACCUUUCCCUCAACGAAUACCACGGUCUUCUUUAAAUUUUCCUCCGCAGCGACAAAUUCGUCCGCCAGUGUUUGGCGAAGGUAUGCGACCGCCACGCGGAAUGAUUCCCAGGCGACUGACGCCGGAACAUUUCAAUCACCAGCAGCAGCAACAUUUACAACGCUCACAACUUCAGCAACGACUUAAGUACGACACUGCUCAUCAAACGCACAGCCUUCCUCGCAGUUUCAAAGAAGUUAAAACACGGCCGUUUUUAGGGCAAGGACAGCUUGAGUCACGUAAGCCAGUUGAGAUUAAGACUGGCGAGAAUGUUGAGAGCGAUUCCGACGAUGGCGAUGGUGACUGGUGCUAA